GGGCAACCUUGAGUAGCCAAUGUGAAUGAUAUAAGAAAAAAGAAGAAGAGUUAGUAUACACACUUGUAUGCUUUUAAAGAUUUAAGCAAAUUGAAAUAACAAAAAAAUAAGGAGUUUAUUUCGCAAUUGCUGAUAAGAGACAGUGCUCAAGUUCGAGAUGCAUCGACAGCUGGCACGCAACGACCGCCAUUUGAGGGAACAACAACAAGAAGAAGUCGAGGUGUACGUGAUGUUUGUCAACACAACAAGUCGCACUGUUGAUUUGUAUUGGGUGCGUGAGGAGCGCGAAACGGAAAACAUUCAAUACACAUUGAAACCGUUUGAGGAGGUGCGCGUAAAUACAUACAAUACGCACACAUGGUUCUUCCGCGACUAUUAUACGGGCGAACGAAUGCAUGUGCGAUCCAAGCGGUUAUUCUUCCCGGUUCGCAUACGCGUUCCGCGAGAUCCGCAGCGUCCGGAGGAGCUGUACGAUGUGCGCAGUCAAGUGUUAAUACACUUUCCGAUGCGUACACUCCGGGAUAAUUGCUUGUGGCUGAUUGUCAAAUGGCUGUGGCGUACGUGCAACUCACCACGGGAAUAUAUCAAUGGCUACAUGAUACCAGCAACAUUGAAGCAACAUUUGCAUUUACUUUUAACUACUAUCGAGUCCUAUUGCAGUCAGGUUCGAAUUCAAAGGUAAACAAGUAUCGAUCAGCAGCAUUGAUAAUAUCGCAGCAGGGUUGUUCCAGAAGCAUCGAUAAAGCAGCAGUGCUUUUCGAUCAAAUAUAUAUAUAGAUAUCGAUAUUAUUGUGCGAUAUCUUGACCGUUUCGAAUUAUUAUCGACAUUAAUGUUAUUCGAAAUAAACAAACGCUGAAAGAAUCGGCAAUUUUCUACAAAUGUAUAUUCAAAUGAUAAGUGUGCUAUUUGUAUUAACGGAAAGAAAAGCCAAGCUUGAUUUCCAAAUAAUUUAAUAAGAUUUCGAUUGAUUUUCA